CCUCCGUGCCUCCCGGACCUUCCUCCGCGGUGGCAGCUGGCUAAGAUGUUAGGCCCUUUCAAGAAGAAUGCCGUCAUCGGCCUCAACCUCUACUGUGGCGGGGCAGGGAUGGGCGCCGGCGGCGGCGCUGGCGGUCCCCCGUCUGGCGGGCGCCUACUAGCUUCUGGCAAAGGCCCUACGGUGGAGAGUACUCCGCCACAGCGCGACGGAGGGGAAGUGGAAACAGGGACGACGGCGGCAGGGUUGAUUGGCGGAGGAAUCCGUGCGAAUCCCCCGGAUCCUGUCUCGCCGGGCGCCCGGGGGGUCGCGCGGCCCGCGCCCAUUGGCGCGGAGGCCCCCGACGUCACCACCGAUCCGAUACCGAGCCUGUUCGCGCCGGGCCGCCGCUCGUCGGCGCCCGCCGAAGUGGCCGAUGGGGCUGUGGACGUCCCCAUGUGCCCUGAGGAGGAAUUGGACGGUUACGAGCCCGAGCCUCCCGGGAAGCGGCCCUCCCGCCUGGCGGUGCUGGAAAUAGCCAGGGAAGGGGGGGACAGCCCAAACGGCUCAUUGCCCUCGACGCCGCCCCCGGCCGAGGAGGAAGAGGAGGAGGACGAACUGUACGGACAGUCCUUGGAGCUCAUCAGCCGGUACCUUCGCGAGCAGGCGGUUGGCACCAAGGACGCCAAGCCCCUACGCAGCGGCAAGGCCUUGGAGACCCUGCGACGCGUGGGAGACGGUGUCCAGAGGAACCAUGAGAGGGCUUUCCAAGGCAUGCUUCGGAAAUUGGAUAUCAAAAACGAAGAGGAUAUUAAAGCUGUGUCCCGUGUGGUGAACCAUGUUUUCAGUGAUGGUAUAACAAACUGGGGCAGGAUUGUGACUCUCAUUUCUUUCGGUGCCUUUGUGGCAAAGCACUUGAAGAGCAUAAACCAGGAAAGUUGCAUAGACCCGCUAGCAGAAAGCAUAACAGACGUCCUGGUCAAGUCAAAACGGGACUGGCUGAUUAAGCAAAAGGGCUGGGAGGGGUUUGUGGAAUUCUUUCAUGUACAGGACCUAGAAGGUGGCAUCAGAAAUGUGCUGCUCGCCUUUGCCGGUGUUGCUGGAGUAGGAGCUGGUUUGGCAUAUCUAAUAAGAUAGCCUUGUAAGUGCAAUAAAUGACUUGUAACUGACUCCAGCCAGCAAAACUGCACAAUUCUGCUGUGAAAUUAAAAGUAUUUAUGAAGCUGGACAUCAAGCUACCCAGGCUAGAACAUCCAAGAUCCUCCUGGAGCACAGAGCUCUAGCAGGAAAAAGAUACUUCUACCAUGCAGUAGAGGCAAAAGGGGACUUUGAUAAGAAUAAAUACUAGUUGAACAUGUGCUUCCUGAAGAACAGCCAUCGGGAAGAAGCAGCAACAGAGAUCUUCUUUGGGGAAGACCAGGGAGAGGUUUAGUGAUAGGGUUGGAAGAAUUUUCUUCAUUCCCAAAGCACUGUGGCCAGUAGGCUUCCUAGUCAUAGAACUGUAUUAGCCAUCUUACCAGAACUCAGUAGUUAUUAUACAAGAUUAAAAAAGCACUAACAAUGCCAUGGGCUUAAGUUCUACCUUAUGUGACUUGGGAUCCUCUUUAAAAGUGCCAGUGAAAGUGAUUUGGCUGGGGGCAGAGGAAACAAAUUCCAAAUGUACAAGUAUACUUGCUUUCUUUCCUUUUUACAGCUUAGUACCUAGCUGUUGUAUCUACAAAGACUUUAGAACGCUUUUUUUUUAACCUCCCCCAAAACCCAAAAGAACAAAAAAAAAAACUUGUAAAUUUGUUUAUAUAUGUAAAAAUUUGUAUGUAUUUUUACAGAAAUUUAUUUCUUUGAAAUGUUAUAGAGAUUGGGUUAAGGGUUUCUUCCAUACCUCCUAAAAUUUGUAACUCGUUUGCCCAGGUGAUUUAGAACCCUUGUCUUCUAUAUAGCAUUUCUAAUCUUAACUAGUCAAAUAUUUUUGGUAUUCACCAAUUUGUGAUGUGUUCAAAGAAAGUUAUAAGUCAAUUUUUAAAACUACCUUUGUUAUCUUCCUUGUGGAUAAGGCUAAAUUCUUGAAGGGACCUGGGAUGGGAGAGAAAAAAAAAAGAGUACAUGAAAAGAUUGAUUCAUGCAGCUUCUUUACUACAUGAAAAAAUUGAUUCAUGCAGCUUCUAAUAAUUGAGCCAGUCAUUUUUAGAACUUUUUCAUUGGCUUUUUAUAAAUAAUGGCUUUUGUGAUAGUGCCAUUGUACACAUACAUUCUGUUUAGCUUCUCCCAUUUUUUAGUCACUUCUAUCUGACUCUUUUAUGUUACUAACUUAGUUUAUGGGCUUGCUUUUUAUUUUCCAGAACUUUCUCAAGCUUUUCACCUAUUCUAAAUUUCUGUAGCAGAAGUUGUAUAGAAAGUCAUCCACCUGAGGCAAACCUGACCUCUUGUUUGCUUUAAUAAAUUGCAAGUAAAUGUAAAGAAAGAUGGUGCUAUUAUUAGGCUUGCUUGUCAAAACACAGGCCAAGGCCUAGUCUGUCAAUAAAACAAACGUUUAUAUAUUGUUCAAAAUUUACCAUUGCAAUAAUUCCCAAACUCUACCAGAGACACUCAGCUUUGGCCUUUGUCUGAGUGUAUCAGAUUUGAUUUCAAUUUUUCUACCAAAUUUCUCUUUCAAACAUGUUUCCUCUUGCUCCAGCCCUUCUAUAAAUAACUACAUGACCAAUCCCUGUUGCCCUUCCUGCUCCUUUCAGGAUAUGGCCCUCUGAACUCGAGUGGAUUCAGAUGGUCCCUGCAGUACCCCCUCCUUGAGUAGUGAACUUUAUUGUUUCCCAAUAUUAAAUGGGGGGGUGGUGGCUACGUCAGCAGGUUUAUGGGAAAGUUUUCAAAAUUUUUUUUCUCAAAGUCCCUUUCCUGUUAGGGCUUUUCAGAGAAGGGGGGGGGGGGGGAAGGUCUUGCUGUGGUUUCUUUUCCACAUGACCUUUUUGGUGGAGGAAGGUGUUUUUUGAAGUCCUUUGGAAGCAAUGACUGAAUCACUUUGUCACCUCUCUUAUUUUCUGCUCAUUGGAGGACUUAAACCUAUUAAAAGUAUUGAAUUGAGUUUGUAUAGAGGUGUUAAAACCUCAAAGAACUACUUAAGCCCUUGGCCCACCUGAAAAGAACUUGGUGAUAGAGCUAGCUUAGUUUGAAAACUGCCACAUUGUUGCCAUUUAACUCUGACCUUUAGUCUGUGGACUUGGUUAUAGGUUAAAAUAAGCAUAAAUCAAGUUUGACUAAGAAUGUAAUAGGGAAGAAUGGCCUUGCCUGCUCAUCUCGGAGCCAUAUGGUCUAUUGCUCAAGCUGUUUUUCACCUAGUUGUAUUUCUCAUUCUUAAUCAUAAUUCCACUUAUUUAUAUCAUGCAUAUUUUGGAGGAACUAAAAGCACUUUAUAUAGUUUUUAUAGCUUCAAAAUCCAUAUAAAAGGGCCAGGGGAAAACCUACUUCCUCGUUUUUUUACAACUGGGGAAAUUAAGGCACAAAAAGGGUGACUCACCCAAUAAACCACUGGUGGAGCUCAUCUUAAAAGAGCCACCCAGACCAUCAGAGAUGGAUUCUGGUGUGGAGUAAAAACCUCAAAUCAGAAAAUUGUCUGGCGUGGGUUGAGAAAGGGAGUAAGUGUUCCUGAUGAACACUUCAAGUGUUCCUGAUAGAAGAAAAACGGGAUGCAUUAAAGGAUUGGUUGCUAUUAUGUAGUUGAGGCUAGUGAAAUGAAAAGGGAAGAGGCUGCUGGGCUAGGGAGAUUCUCAGAGUACUGUCUGCAUCAGUUUCUUCUGCUUCGAUUGGGGAAUACUUGAAAUCCCUGAUCCAGGAUUCCCUAUAAAUCUAUCAGGGAGUGUACACCCUGCCUUUGAGGGUUAGGGAUGGCCUCUUGAAGAGGUGAGCCAGGGAGGGUUAGGACCAACUGUAGAAUACUUGGGUUGUAAAAUCUAGUUUUGUUUUCUUAACUUCCUGUUUUUUUCUGAAAAGAGAAUAAUAAAUCUUUUAUUUAAAUUCAA